CACCAGAAAAUCCAAGAUCAGAUAUAAGAAAGAGUGUGACACUUUGUAUCCCAUUCUUUAUCGACUCUCUCGAUCACAUCGCUUGUUUGAUCGCCGUUACCCAAAUUCCACCCUCUCACACUCUCCGCCCCCAAUCCCCUCACUUCCUUACAGAUGGCUUCGGUGAUACUUUCGUUUCCGUCAGCCUUUCCGUCAGCUGUCGUGUCUUUCCAAGACAAGUGCAAGGACAAAACUAAGUCUGGAAGCUCGUUUAAAAACGCUUUCUUUGGAAAGGAAAAACAACCUCUUUCUAUGAACAAAAAGUCGAAUGGUCGAAUAACCAUGGCUGUAGCUGUCAACACUUCACGAUUUGAUAACAUAACAAUGGCUCCUGCCGACCCCAUUCUUGGAGUUUCUGAAGCGUUCAAAGCUGACACAAGUGAUAUGAAGCUCAACCUUGGUGUUGGAGCAUAUCGUACUGAAGAACUCCAGCCAUAUGUGCUCAAAGUUGUCAAAAAGGCUGAGAAUCUAAUGCUGGAAAGGGGUGAAAACAAAGAGUAUCUUCCGAUUGAAGGUUUGGCUGCAUUCAACAAAGCCACAGCUGAGUUGUUGUUUGGAGCAGAUAAUUCAGUCCUUCAUGAACAAAGAGUUGCCACCAUUCAAGGUCUAUCAGGGACUGGGUCCCUUAGAGUUGCUGCGGCACUAAUUGAGCGAUACUUCCCUGGAGCUAAAGUUUUAAUAUCAUCUCCAACAUGGGGUAAUCACAAGAAUAUUUUCAAUGAUGCUAGAGUUCCUUGGUCCGAGUACCGGUACUAUGAUCCAAAAACAGUCGGCCUAGAUUUUGAUGGGAUGAUUGCAGACAUAAAAGCAGCUCCCGAAGGAUCCUUUGUGCUUCUUCAUGGGUGUGCUCACAACCCAACUGGCAUUGAUCCAACUCCUGAACAGUGGGAGAAAAUUGCCGAUGUCAUUCAAGAGAAGAACCAUAUAUCAUUUUUUGAUGUUGCUUAUCAGGGAUUCGCUAGUGGAAGUCUUGAUGAAGAUGCGUCUUCUGUUAGGUUGUUUGCUGCACGUGGAAUGGAGCUUCUAGUUGCACAAUCAUACAGUAAAAAUCUUGGUCUUUAUGCCGAGAGGGUUGGGGCAAUUAAUGUUUUAUGCUCAUCAGCUGAUGCAGCUGUGAGGGUGAAGAGCCAAUUGAAAAGAAUUGCCAGGCCAAUGUACUCAAAUCCUCCCGUUCACGGGGCUCGUAUUGUUGCUAAUGUUGUAGGAAAUCCAGAUUUCUUUAACGAGUGGAAAGAGGAAAUGGAAAUGAUGGCUGGAAGAAUCAAAAGUGUGAGGCAAAAGUUGUACAAUAAUCUCUCUGCUAAGGACAAGAGCGGAAAGGACUGGUCUUUUGUUCUUAAGCAGAUUGGCAUGUUUUCUUUUACCGGUCUAAACAAAGCUCAGAGCGAUAAUAUGACUGAUAAAUGGCACAUUUACAUGACAAAAGACGGAAGAAUAUCAUUGGCUGGGUUAUCUGCUGCAAAAUGCGAGUAUCUGGCUGAUGCCAUCAUCGAUUCUUACCACAAUGUCAGUUAGAAAAUCACCACCAAAAGUUUAAGAAAUAGCAUCGAUAAUCGGCAGGGUAUCCAAUUUCAUUCUGUCGCGAUAUAAUUUUGCAGAAGCAUUGUAAUAAUGUAACUUCUUCUUUUGAGAAAAACCCUUUGUAGUUGAAGUCAUAUACAGCCAUACAGGUACUAUCUAUUCCCUUUGGGUUGGGGAAAAGUAUGUUGGACUUUUUAGAUGCAAGAUGGACUGAGGUCUCUCGGAGUAUUAAUUGGAAAUUUCCCAGGGUUUUAUCCAUUCA